AUGGCUGGUGUCCAGGUCAAUGUGUCCCAGGGGCUGUUGACAUUUAGGGAUGUAGCCAUAGAGUUCUCUCCGGAGGAGUGGGAAUGUCUGGACCCCAUUCAGCGGAUUUUAUACAGAAAUGUAAUGUUAGAGAACCACAGAAACCUGGUUUCCCUGGGACUUGCUGUCUCUAAGCCGGACCUGAUCAUGUGUCUGGAGCAAAGGAAAGAACCCUGGAAUGUGAAUAGACACAAUAUGUUAGAGAAACCCACAGCUAUGACUUCUCAUUACAAUGAGGGCCUUUCACCAGAGGAGCAUGCAGAAGAGUCACUCACAAAUGUGGCAUUGAGAAGAUGUGGAAGAUUUGACCAUAAGCAUUUACACUUAAGGAAAGAUUGGGAAAGUGUGAAAGAGAAUGAAGGGCAGAAAGGAUGUUCUAUUGUACAUUACAAAUGUAACAAAUGUGGACAAGUCUUUUAUCAACACUCCCAAUUUAUUAUCCACCAGAGUAUCCAUAUCCCAGAAGUGGCUUACAGAUAUGAAUAUGGCAAAGCUUUUAACCAGUCCUCAAAAUGUAGUCAACAUCAGAGAAUUAAUGUUGGAGGAAAUUUACACACAUGUAAUAUAUGUGGGAAAGUGUUUACUAAAUCAUCAAAUCUAAAAAAUCAUGAAAGAAUCCACACUGGAGAGACUCCCUUCAAAUGUGAAGAGUGCGGCAAAGCCUUUAGCUAUUAUUCAUAUCUUUCACUACAUCAGAGAAUCCAUACUGGAGAGAAACCCUACAAAUGUGAAGAAUGUGGCAAAGCGUUUAGCUGUUAUUCAUAUCUUUCACAGCAUCAGAGAAUCCAUACUGGAGAGAAACCUUACAAAUGUGAAAAAUGUGACAAAGCCUUUAGCCGGUACUCAAACCUUAUUCAACAUCAGAGAAUCCAUACUGGAGAAAAACCCUAUCAAUGUGAAGAAUGUGGCAAAGCCUUUCGCUCUCAAAAAGGAUUUGCUGAACACUCAAGGAUCCAUUCGGGAGAGAAACCAUACAAAUGUAAAGAAUGUGACAAGUCCUAUACAUCUCACUCAGGACUUGCACGACAUAUGAACAUCCAUACUGGAGGUAAGCCCUACAAAUGUGAAGAGUGUGGCAAAGUCUUUCUCUCUCUUAUUGGACUUACUGGACACAUGAGGAUCCAUACUGGCGAAAAACCAUACAGGUGUAAGCAAUGUGACAGAGCCUUCCACUUUCGUUCGGGCCUUGCUGGACAUAUGUGGAUCCAUACUGGAGAGAAACCCUACAAAUGUGACGAAUGUGGCAAAGCCUUUAAUUGGUACUCAAAUCUUAUUCAACAUCAGAGAAUCCAUACUGGAGAUAAACCCUAUAAAUGCGAAGAAUGUGGCAAAGCCUUUACCCAGUGUGCAAGUCUUUCGCAACAUCAGAGAAUCCAUACUGGCGAUAAACUCUUCAAAUGUAAAGAAUGUGGCAAAACCUUGCACCAUUACUCCAAAUUUUCUCAACAUCAGAGAAUUCAUACUCAGUAA